CUUACAUAUAUGUAUGUACGUACAGUACAACGAAAAUUCCUUGCAUCCUUUGUUGAUCUAUUAGAACUAGCUAGUGUGUGCUGUCUCUGUUUUUCAUAUGGUUUGGCCAACCAAAUUUGAACUUGGACUAGUGGAAAGAGUACUUGCUAGUUUGGUCACAAGCUGCGCGCGGUGCAUUUGAUCUGGUCGGUGCACGAAUGCAUGGCAUGCAUGCCGGCCUAUAUCUAUAUGCAUGGGGACAGCAAAGCCAAUAGUACACACGUAGGAGUACUAGGGAGCUACAUCGGGGCCAGCCGGCCGGGCUGGAUGUUGUAUGUGCCGGUGCAUGCGAAAGCCGCGGUAGCGUACGGCGGCGCGUGCGUGCAUGCGUGCCGGAGCACGGCAGACAUCUCCACAAAGCAACCGAGCCGCCUUUGGCGUCGCCUCGCUUCGACACAUGCAUGCCCAAUCAUCAUUACCACCACCACUAUCCCCGUUCAUUAGCUAGCCUGCCGACUUAACCAGCCGGUUAGCCACACGUAUAUAGGCCGGCCGUUCACAUAUCUCCAAUCACCACGAAAAAAGAAUCCAACUUGCUUCUUCGUUCGCCGGCCGGCACCCACAGACACAGAGACGAUGGCCGUCGGUAGCAUCAUGUUCAAGUGUUUCGGACCGUGGCCGUGCAUGCGGCGGCGUCACCCCCAAGGAGCUCGCGAUCGUGACCCGAAGAAGACGACGAGCCAGCUGCAGAGCGUGCCGUCGUCCUCGCCGGGGCUGGACUUCCGGGAGGAGUACACGAGCGCGUUCCGCACCGAGUCCUACAACGACUUCUGGGCGCGGGUGCUCGACAUCACGCUCGCCCACGGCGCCGCCCUCGUGCCCAGGCCCGCCUCCUCCUCCGGCGCCGCGUCCAAGCGCCUCUCCUCCUACCGCCUCUUCGCCGAGCACCUGCUCGACCCCGGCCAGGCCGCCGCCGACGCGGCGCUCGCGUCCGCGCGCAACCGCCCGGACGUCCACGCCCUCCUCUCCGCCUACUACGACGAGACGGCCGGCGCCUCCUUCCUCUGCAGCCACCUCCUCAAGGACAUCGAGCAGAUCCGCAUCCGCUACCGCCCGCUCAAGGCCGCGCUCCGCGGCAGGCUCGUCCCCGGCGGGAGCCUCGCCGACGUCUCCGCCGCGCUCGGGAAGCCCUUCACCGCGCUGGCGGCCACGCAGGGCAGGCUCGGGGACGCGCGGCGCAGCUCCGCGGAUCUUCUCAAGGGCCUCGACUCCGGCAGGAAGGCCGCGCGCCGCAGGAUCAGGACGCUCGCCCGGCUCAGGCAGGCGCUCUCGGUGUCCUUCGUGACGGUCGUGGCCGUCGUGGCCGUCGUCGGCGCCUGCGUCGGCGUGCACGUCCUGGCGGCGUUCGCGGCGUUCCCGAUGAUGUCGCCGGCGUGGAUGGGGCUCUUCAGCGGCCGGGGGGCGCGCCGGGCGCUGGUGCAGCUGGAGGCCGCGGCCAAGGGCACGUACAUCCUCAACCGGGACAUGGACACCAUCAGCCGGCUGGUGGAGCGGGUGCGCGACGAGGGGGAGUACAUGCUGGCGCUGCUGCAGCUCUGCGUGGCCGAGGAGGCCGCCGCCGGCGCCGGCGCCGGGAAGGGGAGGCUGGUGCGGGAGGUGCUCAGGCAGCUGUGCAAGAACGAGGAGAGCUUCAGGCAGCAGCUGGACGAGCUGGAGGAGCACCUCUUCCUCUGCUUCAUGACCAUCAACAAGGCCAGGAGCAUGGUCAUCAAGUUCAUGGGCACCGCCGCAGGCCAGUGAUCACUCAUCACAGAUCAGCACGGCACACUUCAGACUGUACAUAAUAGCAUUUCUUCAUAAAACAGCAAGAAAAAAACCCGAAAAAAGUGAGAUAAAAAUUAGGAUUUCAAUUGGUGUUUUUUGAUUUUGGUUCUUGUUGUACAUACACGCUGCAUAUUGCAGAAUUUGAAGUAAUAAAUCUAGUUUAGUGAUUUUUUUUCA